UGCGCAAAAGAACGAGCCCGCUGACAGAUUGGCGGCGGCAGCGGCGGCGGCGGCCCUGGCCCUGGACUGCGGGGAAUGGGAGUCCUAGGUCUCUGAGCGCCGCCCCCGCCUCCCUGCCCCCGACAUGGCUCAGGAGAAGAUGGAGCUAGACCUGGAGCUGCCUCCGGGUACUGGCGGGAGCCCGGCGGAGGGCGGCGGCGCUAGCGCCGGCGGGGGCCUCAGGAGGUCUAACAGCGCCCCCCUGAUCCACGGCCUCAGUGACACUUCGCCGGUGUUCCAGGCCGAGGCGCCGAGCGCCAGGCGGAACAGCACAACGUUCCCGAACCGCCACGGCCUGCUGCUGCCGGCCUCCCCCGUCCGCAUGCACAGCAGCCGCUUGCACCAGAUCAAACAGGAGGAAGGCAUGGACUUGAUCAACCGAGAGACGGUCCACGAGCGCGAGGUGCAGAACGCAAUGCAGAUAAGCCACUCCUGGGAGGAAAGUUUCAGCCUGAGUGACAACGAUGUGGAGAAGUCCGCCUCCCCGAAGCGCAUCGAUUUCAUUCCGGUGUCACCAGCACCCUCACCCACCCGGGGGAUUGGGAAGCAGUGUUUCUCACCAUCCUUGCAAAGUUUUGUGAGUAGCAAUGGAUUGCCUCCAAGUCCUAUUCCCAGCCCAACGACUCGAUUUACCACCCGGAGAAGCCAGAGUCCCAUCAACUGCAUUAGACCAAGCGUUCUUGGACCAUUGAAAAGAAAAUGUGAAAUGGAAACUGAGUAUCAGCCAAAGAGAUUUUUCCAGGGCAUCACCAACAUGCUUUCUUCUGACGUUGCACAGCUGUCAGAUCCCGGUGUGUGUGUAUCUUCUGAUACCCUUGAUGGAAACAGUAGCAGCGCCGGAUCUUCUUGUAACUCACCAGCGAAAGUCAGCACUACCACCGACUCUCCUGUGUCGCCUGCCCAAGCGGCCUCUCCAUUUAUUCCAGUAGAUGAACUUUCAUCUAAGUGAUUCACCCACCCAUCUGAGACUCGGGGUGUUUUUUUUUUUUGCAAUGGAGAGAAAAAUCAAGUUGGAGCAAGCACUGAACUUUGUCAAUUAAUUUGAGGCUCUUUCCUAUCUGACCCUUUUCCUUUUUUUGGAAUUUCCUGAAAUGUUGUUAUUCUAGAGAACUUUUAUGUCAGGUUCCUGCGGGAUGCCCUUGAAUUCAGUGUAGUAAUAUUUUCAGACGUUUUCCCAAUAAGUGUGUUGAAGCAUACGUCUUUAUGCUGCUAAUAUGUUUAAAUACAUAUGUUAUCCCUUGAUUUUUUAAAAUAAUUGAGAGCUCUAUUUAUUUAUGGGAUUAUUAAGUUCUGAUGCAAAUAUAAAUGUUGAAUUAAUCAGCAUAGUAAACUGAUGUUUUAGAAUUCCAUAUUUCAUGCCCACACUAAUUUUUAAUAUUACUUUUCAGUGAUUGCUGAUUUCUAUUUGAAGAAUAACUUCCGUAUUUACAGCAGUUUUUUAAAAAGAAUGUUAGUUAUAACACAUCAACCCAGUGGUGUCUCUUUUACCCAGGAGUCCUUGGAUAUAUAAUUUUCUGGGUUCAUAAGUGGCUGGGAGGGGAAAUGAUGAGCAAAAUAUAAAAGCUUGCAACAAGUCUUUUAAAAUUAUAUAAUAGUAAACAUUUAAGAAAAGCAUUUUCUAAUGAAAUUUUAAUGGGAAUUCUAAUUAGUCAUGCAAAUAUCGCUACAGAAAAGUUAAAAAAAAAAUUUUUUUUUUUUUUUUUAGACCAGAAAGUGCAUUCUCUCGGGUAUAAUCCUGAAGUGACACGGGCCAGUGCCUUGCAGUCUCAGCCCACUGUACAUAGGCUGAGACCAGGUUCUUUUACCACUGCAAACUUAAAAGUUUUUCAAACAUAGAAAAUGUGGGAAGCUCUGUUGGACUUCACCAGGGCCCCCAGGCAGAUAAAAGUCUCUCGUUGAUUGACACGCUUUAAAAUAUCCAAUUGUGCCUCAGUGAAAAUCCUUGCCACCAAGGAGCCAGAGCAACUUUUGGCCACCUUUCUGUCCUGCCCAUCUGUCACCUUCCGGGUUUUCCCUGGCUCAGGAGGGAAGCAGCUGUUUCCUUGCCAACAGGUCCUUCCCCCCCCCCCCACCUCCCAACGAACUAGGGCAUCAUCGGUUAGACAGAGGUACAGUGUAACUUGGAUUUCUGACAGUGAGCAACCACAGAAGUGUGGAGUCAUGUCAGGAACCUCUAGUUAAAGCUGUAGCUGGAGUCGACUGCCUUGGGAUUGCCGAUUGAUUGAGGGUCGGUGACGUGCAAGAGAAAAAUCAGUGGAGGGUCACGUAGGUAAAUCAUUGCUUAACUUAGGUGUCGUUUAGGUAGAGUUCUGAAAUGUUCUUUUCCUUGCCUUGUUACAACUAAGACAAAAUACGGAAAUAUUUAAUAACAAACGUUUCUAUAUUAUACUUCCUAUAUCUUCCUUUACUGGAUAGAAAGAAUGGCAGCAAAAGGAGAAGGGGAAAAAAUAAAAGAGAGACCAAUACAAAAAGCUCCGACUUAAUCUUUAAGUUCACUGCUUACAGAGACUUUUAACGAUUGUGUGGAAUUUUUACAGCUAUGAGAAUAAAUGGAACUGGUCAGCUUUUGAAAGUUGCCUUAAGAAUUCAGUGAAAUUAUGUCAAGGGUAAGAUUGUUUAUAUAGGCUUAAAAUUCUCUGUUCUGGGUAAUGGUUCACAUGCUUCAGUCUUGACCUUGUUCCUCAAAUUCAAACCUAUAUAUCCAGCUUCCUGUUGGGUACCUUAACCUGCUUCCAGAGGUACUUUAACCUCAGCAUCCCCAGAACAAAAUGUAUCCUCUUCUCAUUGAACCUGUUCUCGAAUUACCUAAAUUGAUGUCCUCACUCUCUCAUUUUCUAAACUAGAAACCAUGAGAAGCAUUUUUGACUUUCUCUUUUUCCUGUCACAUCCAGCUUAAUCACUUAAGUUCUGUUUACUGAAAUGAAUCUCCAGCCUCUCCUCUUCUCUCUUUCUUUUGCCUCUGAGCUUAUGUUCCAGCCUAAGGUGGUCUCACCCAUUUUCUCACCCUCCUUUGGACGCAGUCUCCACACGGCCUCUGAAGUGAUCUUUGUCAAGUAGAAACCUUGCUUUGUUUUCACCUUCCUGCUUGAAAACUUCCUUUGCUUCCCCAUUUCCCACAGUUUAGGGAAUGCUUUCUCUAGCCUGGCAUGUAAUAAGGUCCUUCAUGAACUGGCCAUCCUGGAAAACCACUGUACAACUCUGCUUAUCCUAUCCCAAUACACAUCCUUCCUUCUCACUCUGCAAACACUAGACUACUUGAUGGUCCUUAAAUACGCCAUGUACUUUCAUGUGUUUGUGCCUUUGGAUGGAUUGUUCCUUCUCUUUAAAAUGCCAUUCCUAUCCUUUUCAGCCAGGCAAAUGCUUUGGUUCUUUUUAUUGCCUGUUAAUUUUAACUAUGAAAGAAUGUAUACCUGCUGAUUAUAAAAAUAUUCAAACAA